UUCAACCGGAAGUACUCGCGGGACCGCGCCGAGUGUCUAGCACUUUGCCUUGCUGGUUUCGUAGUUUCACUUCACUCCACUCCACUACUACAUGAUGAAACUUGUCACUCUCGCUCUCUUAUUGAGCACCUUUUCUUCCACGAACGGCAUAAAUGUCGCGGAGUCCGCCGGUCAGUUCUUCAGCAGCGGUCAUACCAAUAAUUGGGCAGUUCUGGCGUGUACGUCCAGAUUCUGGUUCAACUACCGUCAUGUGGCCAACACCCUGUCUGUGUACCGAAGCGUGAAGCGUCUCGGCAUCCCUGAUAGUCACAUCGUACUGAUGCUGGCAGACGACAUGGCUUGCAACCACAGAAACCCGAAGCCGGCUACCGUGUUCAGCCACAAGAGCUUGGAGCUGAACGUGUACGGCGACGACGUGGAGGUGGACUACCGAGGUUAUGAGGUGACUGUGGAGAAUUUUCUGCGGGUUCUGACAGGGAGGCUUCCGCCCAGCACGCCGCGCUCCAAGCGUCUCCUGUCUGAUGACCGAAGCAACAUUCUCAUUUAUCUGACGGGACAUGGUGGCAAUGGCUUCCUGAAGUUCCAAGACUUUGAAGAGAUCACCAAUGUGGAUUUGGGGGAUGCCUUUGAGCAGAUGUGGCAAAAAAGGAGGUACAACGAACUGCUUUUCAUCAUCGAUACUUGUCAGGGAGCCUCCAUGUACGAGAAGUUCUACUCGCCGAACAUCAUUGCUCUGGCCAGCAGUCAAGUUGGAGAGGACUCCUUGUCGCACCAACCCGAUUUGUCCAUCGGAGUCCAUCUGGCCGAUCGUUACACUUUCUACCUGCUGGAGUUCCUUGAAGACAUCCACCCUACCAGCAAAGCUAAUAUGAAUGAUCUGUUCAAAAUAUGCCCCAAGAGCCAGUGCGUGUCCACUACGGGCUACCGUACAGACCUGUUCCUGCGAGACCCAGGAAGCGCCCUCAUCACCGAUUUCUUUGGUAACGUCCGCAAGGUGGAGCUCUCCAGGGAAACCAUCAACUUGACCCAGCCCAUCAUUUUGGUGGAAGACAAUUCUGAAAGCGGAGAGCAGCAAAAGGAGUGGCAGUCGUACGUGGAUCAGCUGCCAGUGUCCGAGAUCAUUCAUCAGAAGCCCAAACAGAAAGACUGGCACCCCCCCGAUGGCUUCAUCCUUGGCCUCUGGACCCUCAUCCUGCUUGUGUUUUUCAAGACGUACGGCAUGAAGCACCUCAAACACAUCUUCUGAGACCAAGAGCUUCUGUUUUUCUCAAGCCGUAUUCAAUGGGAUGUACGGCAACGCGACGGCGAGGCCACGGUCGCCGCUUUGUUUUGACACUGUGACAUUUGUCUGUUUUCCUUUUUUUUUAUUUCAACUGGGUGUUUGCUUUGACUUUUUGAAUGGUCUGGGAAGCGUGGCAGUGAAAUCUGGAGAAAAUGGGAAUGAUGUGACUCGGACUCUCUAGCGCCAUUCCAGCCAGUCCUUGAAUAAGAAUUGAAUGGCUUUGAGCGGAUGUUCUGCUCAGCAUAUUUUUGUGUCCAGCCAGAGAGGGGGAAAAAGAAUGAGACGGAACCCGUCUGAUCGGCGGCGACUGGCGCUGCUGAGGGUCGACGACGUGAGGUCUCCGCUGUCGGCGCGCGUUACACCCGUCCUAUCGUGGAUAACAAUCCGACAUAAUAGCGACUUUGACCAAAUUGCCCUCCCCGUCGAAACAUCCGUCAGCUCUCUGACCGACGGCAGUCCGCCAAUAAGUGACUGAUAAGCCAGCCAGCCAGCCAGCCCGAAUGGAUCCUUUGUGAUCUAAUGGGCUUUCUUUUCAUUUCUCUUUCCCCCUUUCAUUCCUGGCUUGACACUACAUCACAGCCUGAUUGCCGGGAGGACUGAUUGUUGUUUGAAGGGCCGGGCCGACCCGACCCGACCCGACCCGGCCCGGCCUGGCCGCCUGCCCUCUCUGAAAGCAGACAGCUGCCGCAUCAGCCGCCCGGGUGCCUUUCUUCUUAUGCAUUAUUAAUAGCGUGCGCACGGCUGCCUUCCUUUUCUGUCUCUUUAUUAUUUCCUGCCAUCCAAUUCCCACGGCUUCCUUCCUUCCUUGCCCUUUUUGGUUGAGCUCAACAUGUUUUACUGCCUCAUUUUGGCAAGAUGCCGGCCGGCGCCCUGAUUAUGGAUGAAUGGCUGAAUUAAAAGAACAAAUUUGUCUCCAACUGCUGGUAGGCGACAAUAUUGAGCUUUCCUAAUGACUUGGCGAAGCUCCUCUUACUGCUGCUUGCCUCCAUCCCUCCCUCCCUCCCUCCCUCCCUCGAAGGUGAUAAGACGCUGUACGGUUUUUGGCUGUCUCUGAAACGGUUUGAACUUCUGCCACUUUUGGGCUGCCCGGUCGACCGACUGUAAAGCGAGCCACGAGGUGUGUCCCAAAAGAUUUCAAACCUGCGGCGGACGGUGAAGAGCAGCUCUUUGAGAAGCCUCGGUGGAUGCUCCAAAUUUGCUUCUGUCUUUUCCGACACACCUCGUCAGCCGGCUCCAUUGAAAGAAUGACAGAUUUGACUGUGUGAAUGAAGCUGAAACAUUUCAGGGAACAUUUGCUUUGUACUGUCAAUUAUUUCCAAAUGUAUUCUAGAUUAUUGCCAUUCUGGCUUGCUUCAUCAUGACUUCAAUUGACUUGGAAUGAGAGACCGAGCCUGUCUUUAUGCUUGGAAAGAUUUUGAUAGUCUGAUGUUUAUUAUUGCUGUCCAAGGAAAAUCCAGUGAUAAAAAUGAUUUUCACAAACAAGUCAAAUUUGCCAUAAGCAUAUAUGCUGACAGAUUUGGGCUAUGCUUAAAUUUCGAGAUGCAUCUGGUGGUUGCACUUUGUUAUGAAUACUAAAAAGUCACUUCUGAAGCUACUUGUUUGCAAUCAAUGGGAAAAAAAGUGAGCAGACUUGGAAAUACGAGCUUUUCAUUGGACAGCAACAUUAUGAUGUCUUUUUGGCACUAAAGACUUGACUACUGAUUUUUGUCUGCUCUUUUGUAUUUGUGAAGGAUCUUCAUUCCUAAUAAUAAAGCAGAUUUGAAAAAGAAA